AUGAAGCCAGAAUGGUGGCCCGGGGAAGAGCAUGAGGCCUUCACUGAAUGGGCAAUCUCUAAUGGCAUAGACACCAACUCGGUGACCCCGGCUCGCUUCCAAGGACGUGGGCUGGGAAUGAUGGCCACCAGGAACAUCAAACGAGUAUCUGCCCAGAAAGGAGAAAUUGUUCUCCAAGUGCCGACACAGUUGAUGCUACGGGUUGAAGAUAUUCCUUCCACCUUUGUCGGCAAACUCCCAGAAGACAUUUCUGUGCACGCACUCCUGGCGGCAUAUCUAACGCAUGAUGCACUAGAUGAACAAUCAAGAUACGAUCUAUGGCGGAAGUCAUGGCCCAGCCGAAAAGACUUCGAAGACAGCAUGCCCAUCCUCUGGCCGACAGCCCUGGGAGGAGCGCAGUUGCCUAGCAGCAAAGACGACGCCCCGACUCACUCGCAGCAGCCAAGUCUUCUUCCUACGUCAAUUUCAGGGCUCUGGAAUAGUCUGCAGCCGGGCCCAAAGACAAGGAAAUACAGCCCAGACCACCAGAACAUUGUUUCCCAGCAGGCUCAGCGCCUGCGCAAAGCAUGGAUGGACGUCAUCUCUGCCUUGCCGGACACCAACUGGGAGACAUUCUCAUACAACUGGCUGAUUGUAAAUACGAGGAGCUUCUAUUGGAUUGGGGAUGGACAAGAAACCCCGGAAGACCCUAAUGAUGCAAUGGGGCUGGUGCCUUUUGCUGAUUACUUCAAUCAUGCGGAUGUUGCCCGUGAUGUCAAAUUCGAUGAGAAUUCAUACGAAUUUCGUGCUACGAAAGACUAUGAGAAGGGCGAUGAAGUGUUCAUGAACUAUGGCAGUCAUCCAAAUGAUACCUUACUAGCAGAAUAUGGCUUCUUCCUUGAUGAAAAUGAAGCAGAUUCGAUAUAUCUUGACGACAUUGUUUUUCGCGACAUUCAUUCCGCUGGGCAGCAAGAAGAAUUGUGGCUGAAUCAGUAUUAUGGUAACUACCAAGUCACUCCCCAUGGACCCUGUUACCGCACAGAGGUCGCCGCAUGUCUGAGUUAUAUGAAGGAGGAGGAUUGGCGGAACCAUGUUCUUGAAGGCCAAUCACAGGGCUUGGAUGAGAGCCGAUCUGAGGCCACCAUCAAGGGGUGGAUUCUGACAUAUGCCGCAGAGGCAGAUGCAACUAUAACGGCGCUGCAGAAGGCCAUGGAACUCGACACUACAGUUCAAGCGCAUCGUUCAAAGGCAGAGAUGCUGCUGAGACGGUGGAGGCAGAUCAAGGAUCUCUGCGAGCAUGCGGCCAAAAGUGUCUCUGUAUAG